AUGAAGGUCACCUUCAAGGAUCUCAAGCAGCAGAAGUUCACACUCGAUGUCGAACCCACCGACCUGGUAUCCGCUGUGAAGCAGCGCAUCUCGGAAGAGAAGGGCUGGGACCCCAAGGCCCAGAAGCUCAUCUACUCUGGCAAGAUUCUCAAGGAUGACGACACAGUCGAGUCCUACAAGAUUGAGGAGAAAGGCUUCGUCGUUUGUAUGGUGAACAAGCCCAAGCCCGCACCCGCACCCGCCGCAGCUCCUGCUGCCUCAUCCAGCACCGCAAAUGUUCCUCAGACUCCAGCUUCAGCACGUACUGCAACGCCUGCCGCCCCUCCCGCGCCCGCUCAUGGCAGCGCUGCUGCUGCCCCGCCCGCGACUCCCACUCCUGCUGGCGCCAUUGCUUCAGAGCCUUCAGACAACUCGAUGGCCAUGGGAGCUGCCCGAGCCGAAGUUAUUGCCAACAUGGAGGCCAUGGGUUUCGAGCGCACACAGAUCGACGCUGCUAUGCGCGCCGCCUUCUUCAACCCCGACCGGGCUGUGGAAUAUCUCUUGAAUGGUAUUCCCGAGAGUGCCCAACAACCGGCUGCUGCCGCCCGAGCACCUUCCGCCCCAGCUCAGCCGGCCGCUGAGCCAGCCGCUCAAGGCGGUGAUGACGACGGUGGUGUCAACCUCUUUGAUCUUGCUGCACAAGCUGGACGUGGCGGCGGUUCAGGAGGCGCUGCUGCAGGUGCUGGCGCAGGCGCUGCUCAGGGCGCUCAAGGUGGACUUGGCAACCUCGACUUCCUACGUGGAAACGCUCAAUUCCAGCAGCUCCGCCAGGUCGUUCAGCAGCAGCCUCAGAUGCUGGAGCCUAUCCUCCAGCAACUCGGUGCCGGUAACCCCCAGCUGGCUCAGCUUAUUUCUGCGCACCCUGACCAGUUCCUCAACCUUCUCGGCGAGGAUGCCGAUGAUGACGCUGCCCUGCCACCGGGAGCUCAGGCCAUUAGUGUGACCGAAGAGGAACGCGAGGCUAUCGAGAGACUGUGCCGAUUGGGUUUCACUCAGGACCAAGCUAUCCAAGCGUACUUUGCAUGUGAUAAGAACGAGGAGCUAGCUGCCAAUUUCUUGUUCGACCAGGGCGAUGACUUGGACGACCCGCAGAACUAG